AUGGGCACGGCCGCCGGUAAGCCCUCGCCGACAGCCCAGUCCCUGGCCUUGGGCCUCCCUGGCUGCCCGGCACCCGGGCUUGGGGCGGGCGCGGGCCUGCCGGCUGGCAGUGCUUCGUGGCGCCUCGGCGGCCUGGCCGGCGGUUCCGACCAGCCCGAACAGAUGGGAUCUCCGGAUUGCCUUCUGCUGCGUGUGCCGAGAUCCCAGCACACGUGGCGGAUUCUGGAGAUCCCUCGCACUGGCCAAAGCUAG